UCCAAAAUGAAUCAGUUGAUAGCACAGGUUCAACCACAAGAGAUAUCAGAACAUUUUUCAAAACAGGUUCAAACAAAGGGCAGCUACGGUCACAUUUUUAGGUGUAAAUAUUAGCCAAGUGCUGCUAUCUGUGAUCACCCAUUGGCUCCACAGUCAAUGUUCUCUUCACUGACCCCAAAACACCGAAAAUGCAUUCACAGCAAGCAGCAAGGGGGUAAGUAGAAAAAUCCAGCAAAAAACACUCACAGGCCAUCUGCUCAUAAGUUAGCAAUUAAAAAGGGGAACUAAGCAUGACAUUUAUGAUUAUAAAUAAAUCAGGUGUCAAACUGUCCUGUGAUGUGGUGACAACCUUUUCACCACUCUGGUAUGCAUUUCUCUUCAUAAUUUCACACACCGAAUUGCCAUGAGGUGAGACACCUGCAGUACACUAGGUGACAAUGGGGCCAGUCUAUGCAAGAUGAUGGGGCUUGUGAUAAGCAACCUUUAGAACAGCCUACAAACAGAGUAUACUGUAGGCUGCCAAUAGUAUGUGAAACAGUAUGGAUUAUGAAACGAUAAACAGUAAUAUGCAACGUUGAGGUCAUAAAUAAGGUUAUUUUGCAUUUUCAAUCCAAGUAUGUGUAAAAAUGUCAUUUGGCAGUCCGAUCAAAUAAUAAGAGAAGAUGGUGAGAAGAUUAAAAUAUUAUUGUACUAUACAGUAUAAAGAAUAUAUUAUAGAAAAUCCCCAUACUGUGUUCAGUAUACAUACUAUAGUACAGACAUUCUAAAAGUAGUAUGGUAGUACUAGUAUGCUAUUCCUAACAUUGCCCAUUAGAGAAGAUUAUAUGAUAUUAUACUAUGGAUGGGCAUUUUGAGCAUUUUGUCUACUCCAGCACUCGGUCUAAUUGCUUAAUGGCUUAAUAGGAGAUGCCCAUAACCAUCGUGUUUUUAAUGUGCGUGUUAAGUUGAAGUUCAGUUUUGAAGACGCUGCAUUCUGUUCCAUUUAGCUGCACUCUAUCUAUCUGUUUGAAACACUCGCAGCGCGUUGAGUCCACUGCCACACGCCUGGUGUGUGUGUCUCCUCGAGUGUUCGCUCCUGUAGGGAAGCCGUGAUGCUCCAUAUUGUUGUUCCUGUGAUUAUUCAUGAAGCGCUCCAUUCAACUCGGAGAGUCGGAAUUUCCACAUUUCAACUGGGGAAAGUGCAACGGAAUGACACUUUAUGUCGGACUUCUAACUUGGAAACUCGUGCGGAAAUCUUCAACUCCCAUUUCUUCAAGAUUCAGGUAAUGGGCAAAGUCCAGUAUUAUUUCAGCGACGUAGCAGACGGGGUAGCACAGGCAUGGCAGAAGCAAGUCCAGCCAAAAAAUUAAAGCAGAGUGUCAAGGGCUACCUUUAUAAUGUGAGCCCCUUAAAAGACCCACAGAAGUCCUAUUUUGAUGCCACUCUUCAACAUGGAAGUGAAUGUUCCAAAGUUGUAGUCUUCACCCCGCAGGACCACACACAGUUCCAAAAUGCUGAAAAGAAUCGGUGCCCAGUUACAUUAGAAGAUGUGAUAUUACAACCAUCCAAGGAGUCCUAUGGAAAAAGAAAUGUGUUCUACACACACAGCUCCAGAAUGUCCUGCGUUUGUGAUCUAGGAGAUGCAUUUAAUGAUACCUUGCCUGCUAAACAGCAAGAAAUAACAUUGGCUGAAAAACUGGUUACAAAACCUCAGAGGGUCAACAUUAUUGUCAAGAUUAUUAAGGAAGAGUACAAGGGAAACAGUGUUGUGCGGGAUGGGAGAUAUCUUCCAAGAACAACAUAUACAGUGGCAGAUGCUACAGCCUAUAUUAGCCUAACAGUCUGGUGUGAACACAACAUCACCAUCGGAGAAUGGUACCAUAUCACAAAUGUGUCUUUGAAACAGUUCAACGAUAAAACCUCCCUAACAACCACCAAAGACACAAGGAUUCUCAACAUCCCAUCUCAAGGUGCAACGGUUACUGUUGAAGUGCCUACAGAAUCUAUAAAGUGUGAAAUCAUUGGUGCAAACGUGAAGAUUUUCUUCAUAUGCCACCGUAAACAUAACCUAAGCAACAUAACGCCAUCAAGCCCAACUGUCUAUUGUCCCUCAUGCAAAACACAUUACAAAACCAGUGCAACCACAAUGAAGAUUAGUGUUCACCUGGAUCUCAAACCAGAAACAGGUGACGUUAUACAGGCAAGUGCUGAAGAUGAAGUCAUAAUGCCAGUGAUCACAGUGAAGCCCAAUGCAUCUCGAGAUGAGAUUAUCCAGAGCUUGAUGGCGCUACCCCCCAUGCAAGUUACAAUUUGCAAUAGCGUCAUUGUCAAGAUUGAAGAUGGCUCUGAAUCUCACAAUCCUUUGAAUGCUGAAAUCAAGUCAGAUGAAGCUGUAUGCUCUCUGAAGCUCCCUAUUAAGGUGGAACCACUAGAAGAUUCUGACACUGUUUUUUAUUCACCGCCUGAUCACGGUCUAUUCAGUUCAAGUCAAUCAAAGAAAAUCUAAAGAUUGAUUCUUGUUACGGAAGAUUGCAAAUUGCAAAUUGCAAACAAGACACUAAAAAUAAAAACACACUUCACAGGCUUUUUAACCUGUACUGAUUUAAAUUGUGAGGAAAAAUUAAGGGUGACAUUAUAAAGUCAAUAUGUUAUGAACUAACAAAAUUAAAUAAAAUUUUAAAUAUAUAUUUUUUUAAUUCUAUUAAAGAUUACUCAAUUCAAUUUGAAAGAAUUUUAUGAAAUUUAAAUGCACAAACCUUAAAAUAUAUAUAUUUUUGAGUGUAGAAUGAAACAUUAAUAAUGUCAAACUUGAUAAAUUAAGAACAUUUGUUUAAAAAUCUAAUUAUUUAAAAUUUAAUUUUAAUAGGGGAACUCAUUGUCUGAUAGUUUUACAUGCCAUAGAAAUCAAAUUAAUUUAAAUUGUAGUUUAUGUAUUUUAAUGUAUUAUACAUUGGAUUUCAUUCAGCAGUGGUGUAAAACUAAUUAAAUCGGGCUAAUUAACCUGUCAUGCAUUAUGCUACCUUUUGUGAUGAAUUAUUUCUCUUACAAAUGGAAAGGUAAUAUUCUACUCAUUCAUAAAUGAUUUUUUUGUAACAUACAUAAUAUUUUACUAAAUAAAUACUAAACUGUCACUAUC